GCUCUGCGUUCCGUGUUCCCGCCUGUUUGCUCCUCCACGACGGAUGGCUAACCCCUCUGCUUCCCAGUCACCAGCAGCUCCUCCUCUGCUUCCUCUUCACCUCCGCAGAAAGGCCUUCCCUGCCUCCCGAAGCCGGGAGGUGGCCGGCUGCCUUUGAUCCCGGUCUCUCAGCCCCUCUUCCAGAUCCCCCGAUGUUUGCUGAGGGCUGAACCAGAAAGCUGGAGUUACUGCUGUUAACAGGAAUCUCUUGCACCCGGGCCACAGCGGCCGCCAGGUCACCGUGGCCCCUCCCACUAGGCCACCUUGCCACUCUGAGAUUUGAAACGGGGCAGGGGAGACCCUGGACUUGGCUCGGGAGGGAAGGUGUACCUUGGGGAUCUCAGAGGGGCCAGGGGAACAACAGCCUGAGUGGCUAGACUGUGGCUGGAGGUCAAAGGGCAGGGCAUCUCUUCAGGCUUCCCUCUUCAGCCGAGUGCCCUUUGUCCUGGCCCGGGGGGUGGGGGGAGUUGAAGACGGCCCCCUAGCUUGACCAAUGAACUGACCAUCCUGGGGGAGGGACGAGCAGGAGUGGGCGGGACCACUUCUUAUCUAACAAACCGCCCUCAGACUAGAUUUUUCUCUUUCCAGCCUGUUCUUUUUGACUCUUCCCCGCCUCUCCCCAGGCACCUGCUCUCUCCCCUGGCACCUGCUGCCCAGUAGGAAGGGCAAGAGCAAUCCCAGGCAGUGCCUUGUGAGGAGUCUCCACCCCUCCUCCAGCGCUUCCUUCUCCCGGGCGCCUCUCAGGCCCCGCCCUCACCUGCCCAAGAGAAUUUUAGUUUCCCUGAGCCUGGAAUCUGGAUACGCAGGGUUCUCUCCAUAUUCUCCCGCCCCGACAUCCAAAGGCGUGAUACCCUCCUAACCACCUGUAGAGACGAGAGAGUGGAUCUGAGCUCAAAUCCAAGUGUUUGGGAUCCCUAGACAGAGCCUGACUUUGGGCCCGGUGUCCGGCUCCUCCUGCUGGAGCUCCUCCAGGUGCCAUGGAACUGGAUCUGAGCCCACCUCAUCUCAGCGGCUCCCCGGAAGAUGUGUGCCCAGCUCCUGGGACCCCUCCCGAGACUCCCCCGCCCCCUGAUAACCCUCCGUCAGGGGAUGUGAAGCGGUCCCAACCUCUGCCCAUCCCAAGCAGCAGGAAACUUCGAGAAGAGGAGCUUCAGGCGACCUCUCUACCCUCCAUCCCCAACCCCUUCCCUGAGCUCUGCAGCCCCCCUUCCCAGAAACCCAUUCUUGGGGGUUCCUCCGGUGCAAGGGGGUUGCCUCCUCGAGACUGUGGCCGCCUUCACGUGGUGAAGGUGUACAGCGAGGAUGGGGCCUGCCGGUCUGUGGAGGUGGCAGCGGGUGCCACCGCCCGCCAUGUGUGUGAAAUGCUGGUGCAGCGAGCUCACGCCCUGAGUGAUGAGUCCUGGGGCCUGGUGGAGUGUCACCCCUAUUUAGCGCUGGAGCGGGGUGUGGAGGACCAUGAGUUCGUGGUGGAGGUGCAGGAGGCCUGGCCUGUGGGUGGAGACAGUCGCUUUGUCUUCCGCAAAAACUUCGCCAAGUAUGAACUGUUCAAGAGCCCCCCACAUACCCUGUUCCCAGAAAAGAUGGUCUCCAGUUGUCUGGAUGCACAAACAGGCGUAUCCCAUGAAGACCUCAUCCAGAACUUCCUGAAUGCUGGCAGCUUCCCCGAGAUCCAGGGCUUCCUGCAGCUCCGGGGAUCCGGCCGGGGCUCAGGCCGAAAGCUGUGGAAACGGUUCUUCUGCUUCCUGCGUCGAUCUGGUCUCUAUUACUCCACCAAGGGCACCUCCAAGGACCCGAGGCACCUACAGUAUGUGGCGGAUGUGAAUGAGUCCAAUGCGUAUGUGGUGACCCAGGGCCGCAAGCUCUACGGGAUGCCCACGGAUUUCGGCUUCUGUGUCAAGCCCAACAAGCUUCGAAAUGGCCACAAGGGGCUCCACAUCUUCUGCAGUGAGGAUGAGCAGAGCCGUACCUGCUGGCUGGCUGCCUUCCGUCUCUUCAAGUAUGGGGUGCAGUUAUAUAAGAAUUACCAGCAGACUCAAUCUCGUCAAUUGCGCCUAUCCUACUUGGGGUCUCCGCCCUUGAGGAGCGUUUCAGAUAACACCCUAGUGGCCAUGGACUUCUCUGGCCAGGCUGGGCGUGUCAUUGAGAACCCCCGGGAGGCUCUGAGUGCUGCCAUGGAGGAGGCCCAGGCCUGGAGGAAGAAGACCAACCACCGUCUGAGCCUGCCCACUCCAUCCUCUGGCUCCAGUCUUAGCGCAGCCAUCCACCGUACCCAGCCCUGGUUCCACGGACGCAUUUCCCGGGAGGAGAGCCAGCGGCUAAUCGGACAGCAGGGCCUGGUGGAUGGUGUGUUCCUGGUCCGGGAGAGCCAGCGCAACCCACAGGGCUUUGUCCUUUCCUUAUGCCACCUGCAGAAAGUCAAGCAUUACCUCAUUCUACCAAGCGAAGAUGAGGGCUGCCUCUACUUCAGCAUGGACGACGGCCAGACCCGAUUCACAGACCUGCUGCAGCUGGUGGAAUUCCACCAGCUGAACCGAGGCAUCCUGCCCUGUGUGCUACGCCACUGCUGUGCCCGUGUGGCCCUCUGAGGCCACAUGAGCCAUCAGAGCCCAUGGGGCUGCCUGCCACCCUUCCGUUCAGUGGACUUGACUCAGGUGGAGGGGAUAGUGAACGGCUGAAGCGCUCUCUUCCAUCCCACGUCUCUUGUUUCGUUACCUCCCUCAGGCAACAGAACAUCCCCCAACCCUGUUCAUCUCUGAUGCCUGUCCCCAAGGGAGGCAUUUGUGGUCCUCUCCUCAGGAGCUCCUGAGGCACUAUUCCAAUGAGGGGCAUUAUGUGAGAAGUAGGGGCAGCCCAGGUGGUCUCAAGCCCCACACCCUGUAUAGACUAAGAGGCCAGUUGAUCUGCUCUGUUUUAUACUAGUGGCAAUAAAGAUUAUUUUUUGAUACA